UUAGCGUCUUCUAAAACCUGUGGAAGAAAAACCCCAAAAUCUGCCGGAGUCGCAAAUGGCCCUACACCGAAGCACUCUCACCUUCAUUUCUUCCUCUCUCUCCCGCCGUAGAUGGUGGCGCCACCUAUCCUCCUCCUCCGCCACCAAAUCGCCUCCUCUUCUCUGGGACCACUCCAGCAGUUCCGCCUCUCCCACCUCCACCAAAGAAUCGAUCACCCUUCAGCUAUUCUCCUGGGGCCGCGGCGCCUCCGGUCAGCUCGGCGGCGGAAUCGAGGAAAUUCGGAUUUAUCCGGCGCCCGUGGCGUCCAUCUCAGUGCCGCCUAAUUUCUCCCUCUCAAAAGCAACUCCAGGUCGUCUCGCCCAAUGUUUGAAUUCCACUGAUCCCCCCCAAUUGGAGAUUGGGAUCUCCUGCGGGCUGUUCCAUUCUGGUUUGGUGGUCGAUGGAAAUCUCUGGAUAUGGGGCAAAGGAGACGGCGGCCGACUAGGGUUCGGGCAUGAAAACCCAAUUUUUGUUCCUACAUUGAAUCCUAAUCUGGAAUUGGAUGUUACAAGUAUCGCUCUUGGUGGUCUCCACUCCGUCGCACUUGAUGUACUCGGCCGUGUCUUCACUUGGGGUUAUGGUGGAUUUGGUGCUCUUGGACAUUCUGUCUAUCACAGAGAGCUGUUACCUAAACUGGUAGAAGGAUCUUGGGAUGAAGAAAUAUGUCAUGUUGCAACCAGUGGUACACAUACAGCUGCUAUCACCAGAUCUGGCAAAUUGUAUAUUUGGGGAAGAGAUGAAGGGGAUGGUAGAUUGGGGCUCGGUCCAGGCCGUGGUCCAGAUUUUGCGGGUGGUAACAGCACACCUUCUCUAGUAAAAGCGCUCCCUGAGCCUGUCGCUGCUGUUUCAUGCGGUGGCUUUUUCACAAUGGCAUUGACCGAGGCUGGUCAGCUUUGGAACUGGGGUGCCAACUCCAAUUAUGAGCUUGGUAGAGGUGAUAAAAUUGGUGGCUGGAAACCUCAACCCGUUCCUACUCUCAAAGACGUUCGUGUAGUUCAGAUAGCCAGUGGCGGAUAUCACUCUCUUGCUUUGACAGACAAAGGAGAAGUUCUAUCGUGGGGUCAUGGCGGACAUGGUCAAUUAGGUCAUUCUUCUCUUCAUAGUAGAAAAGUUCCUGAACCCGUCGAGGCCUUAGCCAACGAGAGGGUUACGUUUAUUGCUUGUGGAGGUUCGUCUUCAGCAGCUAUAACUGACAAGGGGAAGUUGUACAUGUGGGGCCAUGCAGCAGAUAAUCAACUUGGUGUACCUGGACUACCGGAGAUGCAAUCAUCACCCGUUGAGGUUAAUUUCCUUAUGGAGGAUGAUGGUCUUGGGUUUCACAAUGUACUCUCUGUUUCAGUUGGUGCCUCUCAUGCAAUGUGCCUCGUUUCAAGGUCAGGUUGCUCAUAGCUUAAUUAUUAUUAUUAUCUAAUUACGGGUUUACGAAGAAAUAAACUGCUUUAGAGAAUUAUUACUAGUCUUUAAAACUGAAUAAUUGGGGCCCCAAAUAUGGUAAUAAUCUACUACUAUUUGUAACACAACAAUAUGUUGUAUUACUAGAUUUGUUGCAUUCUCAGGCUUAAAAUCAAGAAUUCGAGAUUUUGUGAUAAGCUACAUAUUUACAUUAUGGUAAACUGAUUAUUAUAGACUGGCACUAGAUUCAUGAACUUCAAAUUCUAAUUUUAGCCUUAAAAUAGUAGUUUCCGUUAUAAAUUAUAAUGUUUGAUUUCAUCGGAAAAUGUUUCGAGUGAGUUAUAUUGAGAUUUUGUACUGCGGAUCGGAAUACAAUAAAAUUGUAGUGCAAAUAAAAAGCAUGUAUAAUUAUAAUUAUAUGUAGUGUUCCACUCUU